GAUUGAAGUCCACGUCAGACGGGCUUGCAAGCCCGAACCAUACCAGAUGUGUAAAGAUUCAGGUCGCAGCUGGUAUUGCUCUCGCUGAUUUGGAUUCAUCACACCGAACUGUUAGGACUCUGUUUUGAAUCUCCACCCGUUCUUGCGGCUGCAACCUUUGGAGCUAUCGCGAUUUUUAUCAUCCAUGCCGCGCUUUACGGUCACUCCAUGGCGGGACCCAGCCGAGCUGAUGAAAGUACGAGGGCAGCUUUACCAGUUCGGGGAAUUCGAACACGAUGAUCGCCGACAGGAGGCAGUGAAUCAGGUGCUUGCAUGGCGUACCCGAAAAGCCGACUUUCCUCUUGCUUUGGAAUCUACUUGUGUUUUAGUCGAGGCGACCGUACAGGACGGAGGCGGAGUCCUAAGCACCCAUUCUGUUCGAAUGCUCUAUGCAUCGGCCAUCAGCAGAUUUGUGACAGGGUUCUGCGAUACGACUCAAGAGACGAGCUACAAGCAAUCGAUGCACCAGAGAGCUGCGGAGCUGAAGCUUCCCAUCAGCCUGGUUGAGAUCCGCCACGAAAUCACCCACCGAGAUCUACCAUCUCUGAUCCGCCUCCGCGAGAAUGCGAAGAAGUCCUUGGAUUGGCUGUGGCGUUGGUAUUGGUUGCAGCUUGAAGUCAUGUUCGACACGCCCGACGAAACUAGUAGACAACGCAACCUUGAUGAAGCUAGAGACGCACUUCAAGCAACCCUGAACACCUACGUUACCGCUAGAAUUGAUGACGUUAGGAACAAAACUACUCAAAACUCGGCUCGAGCCAAUGUUGCUUGUGCGGAGAUUAUCAGAAUAUGCCAAGGAAAAGAAGAAUGUCUCCAGUUGCUGGCGGAAAUUCUAACGACCCCGAGCAAGAAGGCAAAAUGCCUAAUCCCAGCGGACAAGGCGUUAAGUUCCUCUAUGGACGGUGCUUAUCUCAUAUGGGACAAGCUCUUGGUCCAACUUCACACCCAUCAAGUCGGUUUUCUAUCUAUCCUUCUGGCACAAAUGGUCGACUACCUCGGCGAACCUAGCACCCAACACGUCAGCUACGAGCCCACAAAGGACGCCCUCUUCGAGUGGAUCAUCCACCUCUUGUCACAAAAGUCCUGGAAAGCGUCCCUCGGGAAAUCUCAAAUCACGCUCACGGAGGAAGUUCUGGCGAAAUGCCUACUCAGCGUGACAACAUGGACCACAAAGCUUGCCGAGGCUUUGGUCACAAAAGGGGACAAAAGCCUCCAAAAGGGCUGGAUGCCGCUUGUCGACAUCGCGCAAGGCCGGAUCUGCGCGGAUGCCAGGUCGAAUUGCCCGCCCACAAAGGACACCGAGGCGCCCCCAGCGCGUAAAGGCUGGACCAGAUGCCGCGGGCUGUGGCCCCAAUCUGCCAUCGGCGCGCUCCCACGCGAGACUGACUAUCAAAAUCAGCUUGCUGUCAAAAAGCUGAUAGAGGAGGCUGGAAUUCAGGAGGCGGAGCAGGAGGAUUUGGAGGUCGAGUAG